UAUUCGGAUAAAAACAUUUAAAAUACACCUGCUCUCGAGUAACCAAUAAGAAUGUUUGAUAAAUUGGAGGCGUGUCAGUCCGAUGCACGUGCCUUCGAUGACGCAAUAAAUCGACACAUGCGCUUCAAUGGUGGUUUAUGACGUCAGAGUCUGCAAAGAUCGGGGUCGUAGAAAGCUGGUGGAUAAGGUGAAUGUCGUCUGCUUUUGGAAUUUUUUGAGUGUGCUUUUAUUCUCUUCGUUUUCACUGUACUUAUAUAAGUCGAGAUUUUAUUUUAAGAAGUUAAGUAUUCGUUUUUCUUGCCAUUUUCCACCGGAUUUCUUGCAACUUUGACCUUGCCGACUAUGUUCGUCUGCUGCACGAAUGAUACGGAAUGAAAUCGUUCUAUACAUUUUUCUCAUUAUAAAAUCUGAUCUAUUUUACACGUUACUUGGUGCUCAAAAAUUGCAGAUAAAAUGCCAUCAGUGCUUGAUAAAUCUGAUCAAGAAAUUACAAGAGAAGGAAAUGAAUCACUUACUUCUGUGGUGCAUUUACAAACUGAUUGUUUAAAAGAGAGAGUUUUUCAUAGAAAUGGUGAUUCUGAUAGUGAAUUAGAAAUUAAACUAAAUGGUGAAACCAAUGGUACAGUUCAGAAAAAAAAUGGAUUUAUUGAAGAAGAUAUUGAUGAUUCAAACUGUAAUAAUGUUAAUUCCAAAAGUGCUGAAUGUAAAACUGAUGAUAAAAAAUUUGAAAAUAGUGCAAAUAAAACUUCAGAAGAAAACAAGGAGCAAGAAUAUGUUUUUAUUCAAGAUACUGGAUUUACUGUAAAAAUGAUUGUACCUGGAUUAGAACCUUUUGAUAUACAGGUUAGUUCCAUGGAGUUAGUACAAGAAAUUCAUCAAUUGUUAAUGGAUCGAGAAGAUACAUGUCAUCGAACAUGUUUUUCUCUUCAACUUGAUGGAAUGACAUUAGAUAACUUUGCAGAACUGAAAAGUAUUGAAGGUUUAAAAGAAGGUUCUAUGAUCAAAGUAGUUGAAGAACCAUAUACAGUUAGAGAAGCAAGGAUUCAUGUACGUCAUGUUAGGGAUCUUUUAAAAUCACUUGAUCCUGCUGAUGCAUAUAAUGGUGUUGAAUGUAAUUCACUUUGUUUUCUUAAUGCUAUUACUCAAGGAGAUAUUUUAGAAGUGAAAAAAACAAGACCAGAUUCUGUUGAUUGUACUCCACCUGAUUUUAUUUUACCUGGUUCUAAAGAACGCCCUUUGUUACCUCUUCAACCUCAAGUAAAAGAAUGGAAGGGUCCUCAAGCACUGAAAGUGUUAACAAGUAGUGGCUGGAAUCCACCACCUGGAAUUAGAAAAUUACAUGGUGACUUAAUGUAUCUGUAUGUAGUUACUUUAGAAGAUAAACGUUUUCAUAUAACUGCAUCUACUAGAGGAUUUUAUGUAAAUCAAUCAACUGAAGAGGAAUUUAAUCCUAAACCAGAUACUCCAAAAAUUGUAUACCAUUCAUUAAUUGAAUUAUUAGGACAGAUAAGUCCUACAUUUAAGCGUAAUUUUACCAUUAUACAAAAGAAGCGUACGCAAAGACAUCCAUUUGAAAGAGUUGCAACUCCAUAUCAAGUUUAUACUUGGUGUACUCCAAAUUUUGAUCAUAGUAUAGAUUCCAUUCGUGCAGAAGAUGCAUUUUCUUCUAAGUUGGGUUAUGAAGAACAUAUCCCAGGUCAAACAAGAGAUUGGAAUGAAGAACUUCAGACAACUCGAGAACUUCCACGGAAAACAUUACCCGAAAGAUUACUUAGAGAACGUGCUAUAUUUAAAGUACAUAGUGAUUUUGUUGGUGCUGCAACAAGAGGUGCUAUGGCUGUAAUAGAUGGAAAUGUUAUGGCAAUUAAUCCUGGAGAAGAAACUAAGAUGCAGAUGUUUAUUUGGAACAACAUAUUUUUUAGUUUAGGCUUUGAUGUCAGAGAUCAUUAUAAAGACUUGGGUGGUGAUGCAGCAGCUUUUGCUGCUCCUAGCAAUGAUUUGCAGGGAGUUAGAGCAUACAGCACAGCUGAUAUUGAAGGUUUAUAUACUUUAGGGACAGUUGUGAUUGAUUAUAGAGGAUACAGAGUUACAGCUCAAUCUAUUAUACCUGGUAUAUUGGAAAGAGAACAAGAACAAUCAGUUGUAUAUGGUUCAGUUGAUUUUGGAAAAACUGUUGUGACUCAUCCAAAAUAUUUAAAAUUGUUAAAUGAAGCUGGAAAGCAUUUAAAAGUUUUACCUCACAAAGUAUUAAAUGAUAAAAAUGAAGAAAUUGAACUUUGUUCUUCAGUAGAGUGUAAAGGAAUAAUUGGAAAUGAUGGAAGGCAUUAUAUUCUUGAUUUGUUACGAACUUUCCCUCCAGAUGUUAAUUAUAUUCAAAUUGAUGAUGAACUUAGUAAAGAGGCAAAAGCUCUUGGAUUUCCCUUACAACAUAAGCACAAGUUAUCAUGUUUACGUCAAGAAUUAAUUGAUGCAUUUGUUGAGGCAAAAUACUUAACCUUUAUCAAAUUAGCAGCAUAUCACUUACAACAACUUGGAUUAAAAAAUUUAGUAAAAGAAAAGUCUUCUGAUAAGGUAAGUUAAAACUACAGUAUUAAA